UAAACCUAGCCGCAUACCUCCACGCCUUAUGAUCUCCUUACCAUCUCUCUCGCUCAUCACAUGUUUCACUUCUUCUCCAUGUCUAUAACAGAAGUCGAGACGUGACGCACCCAUUGUUCACCUCCAAAAUCUGAUGCACCGCGAUGCCACCACCGGCUCUUCCCGUCGUCUUGGAGCCAUCACGCCAUGUCAGAGAGAGAGAGCCUCGCCAUCACUGGUCAAACGCCUCACGUGUUGUUGUCUCGCAUCAAACUCGAGAGAUGUAUAUAUGACGUGAGGAGGAGGCGCACAAAGACGGAGCCACCGUCUCACCACCGCCGCACCGAUCGGAUCCAUACUGUUGUUAGCCGCAAGCCAUUGGAGGAGCCAGUCAUGUCACCGGAGAGUCGUGAUAUCCGGAGAUCGUACCAGCCACCGUCAUCAACCGUUAUCCAAACCGUAUUAGCUAAGUGUUGCCUCCUUUGUUACUUGCCACAAGUAACAUAUAUACCACAAACCUAUAAUGUGUCCUUGCAUGUGUGUAGUUUAAUCUUGUGCCAACCUAGACUUGGAGUUGCUCGUGCAUCACUAAGAAGGAUGGCGUAUGAAGAUAUUAUUGGAACACAUGCAUUCAACACCAUUAAUAAUACGAAGACACCUUUUAGUGUGUUGUUAGUCGAGACAAAUCCACUCCCUCCCGGGCGUUUCGUGAUCCAUUUCCAAUAUUGGCUAAGAUGAGACUGACGAGCAGGAGCGAUUGCUAUCGGGCUGGUGCUUUGGGAGUUUUAUUUCUGUCUUUU